GGUGUGUAGAAUGUAUGUGUUGAAGGCAGAAAGUGGUUCUAAUGCCCUCGUGUGUUGCAGGUGCGGGUGUCUGUGCUGGACAAGAACGACUCUCCGCCAUCCUUCGGGGAGUCGCCUCUGCGCUUCACUGUAUCCGAAGACAUGUUAGCCGGGCGGUGGAUAGCUACCCUGAGGGCCACCGACCCUGACACCCUGGGCACCAUCACCUACUCCCUGGUGGGCGGUGACGACAACAAGUUUACUCUGGAUGCCGCUACAGGACACCUCAGCCUGCAGGACACCCUCGACCGGGAAACCAAAAGCGAGUAUCAGCUCACUGUCAGGGCUGACGACGGUCAGCAACACACGGACACCACCAUCUACUUCGAGGUGACAGACACGAACGACAACCCGCCGGUGUUCCAUGAGGCUGCGUACUCCUUCGAUAUUCCUGAGGACGCAGACCGUGGCUCCCAGGUUGGGCAGUUCAGCGUGACGCUGACGGGGUACUAA